AUUAUUUUACCUCUAUAAACAUCUAUCUUUCUUUCAUGAAUAAACAGGUUCCACCGACUUCCCAACUGUACAGGUUCAAGAAAGAGUCUCAUAACUAACUAUUAAUAAAUCGGAGAUGGGCCCCUAUAGGAACAAAACCUUUGAGCAAGUACAAACGUCAGAAUUAACCUUUGAAGGUUUGGUCGACAAGCAAGUCCUCCAAAUCUUUCUCCUGGUUUUCUUCGUCGCUGCUCUAGGAUCCAUCAGCUUCUUUGGCGUCAUCUUCAAUGCCAUCAACAUGAUCGUAUUCAUCAAACAAGGGUUCAAAGACACCGUGAACAUAACCCUCUUUAGCCUGGCCAUCUCCGAUAUGGGGGCACUGGUUCCCCUUGUGUGGGAGAGCAUCUGCUUUAACCCUUUGUUCGCCGGUGCCGAUCUGCCCUUCGACUCCCAAGACAUCGUCUAUCUGACAGCUGGGUGGCCUCACUCGUGCUUCUCACGUAUAACGGGAUGGAUCACAGCCUUCGUCACGUUUGAGAGAUGUCUGUGUAUUGCUCUGCCCCUCAAAGUGAAAACGAUCAUAACGCCCAGAAGGACGAUCUUCAUACUCGCUGCCAUAUACUCAGUCAUGAUAGCCAGUGUGCUGCCUGUCUUCUAUUCUAUCCGUCUAGAGCCCAAAAGUUUUCCGCGAAGAAAUGAAACAAUGUUGGGAUUAGUUUACGUACCGAAAGGUACCUUUAUCGAGAACAUUUCUAUUUCCAUCAACGCAUUCGCACAGUUUGCAUCUUUUUUCACUGUCAUCGUGUGCACCGCAAUUCUUGUUCAGAAUCUCGUACAGAAGUCAAAAUGGCGAAAGUCUGUUUCAACUUCAAGCGCGGGAGCGCAGAAAUCUUUUUCUAACAGAGAUAAGAAAGUGAUGAAAAUGGUUCUCUUUAUCGCCAGUAUAUUCAUAGCUUGUUUCUUGCCCAGCGCUGUCAAUUUUAUUGCCAUGAGCAUCAGCGAUGAGUACAGUAUCGUUGGCAAAUACCAAAACAUGUUUUUAUUGACUUGGGCGAUUUUUACCUCUCUAGCGGCGACAAAUUCUACUGUGAAUAUUUUUGUGUAUUACAGGAUGAGUUCAAAGUUCAAGGAAAUUCUGGACGAAAUGUUCAGUUUAGCGGGCGGGAAGAGUAAGUAACAGUGAUUACGUCAUGCAACAGGUUUCCUAGAAUUAUUUUUUCACCCCGCUGAUCUGCUGACCCGUGCUAACACACAUUACACACCCUAGCUCACCCAUUUGUUUUUCAGGAUUUUAAAAAUUUGUUAAGUCUUUUUAAAAUGUGUUUUUUAAACGCUUGUAUUCACAAGAGGUGGGUCCCUUUACCUUGCCUAGGAUCUAGAGGUAGACUCUCCGUCCAGACUCUAGGGUGUAAUGUGCUACUGUUUUCUCUUCUGAAGAUUAGUUUUAGUUUCAGUAAGAGUUUUACGGCAUUUGCAACACAAUA